AUGGAUCCACAGAGCCUUCCAAUCGGUGAUGAUGCAGGUGAUGAAAAAGCUACUACCAAAAUUUCCAAAGGGUGGCUUAUAUUACUGGGAAAGAUCUGUGCACUAGUAAGGAGAAACAUCUUGGAAGAAAAGAGAAGGCAUAAACUUGCUCUGAAACUAGCGGAGAGACUGAUAGGUAAAGAUUCUUCUUGGGACGAAACCAUUAAUAUGCAAGUGGCCCCAGGGUUUCAAUUUGAUGAAGACCAGUCUAUAAAAGUUGCUAUCCCAGUUGCAGGAGAUUAUAAGCCAAUCCCAUUACUGCUGGCGACUGAAAAUGGAAUAGUAGAGAUUGUGACCAGGAUACUAGAAGUAUGUCCCCAGCUAGUUGAACAUAAAAAUGAUCUGGGUCAGAACAUAUUGCAUGUGGCAAUUAAGCACCGUCGAUAUGACAUCUUUAAUCAUGUGAAAAAUAUGAAAAUACCGAUGACAUGGAUAGUCCGAAAGGUUGACAAAUAUGGCUACACCAUUUUACACCAUGCUGCAGACAUGGAGCCAGAGACUACGAAGAUUCACCGAGCAGGACCUGUAUACCAACUCCAACAAGAGAUAAAGUGGUACAAACGUGUAGAGAAGAUCACGCCCUCCCAAUUCGCCAUGUUGCGGGAUAAGAUGCAUAACAAGACUUGCGAAGAGCUAUUCAAUAUGAAGCACAAUGAACUACUCGGGAAAGCACAGCAAUGGACAAAAGAUACUUCUGAGUCUUGCUCUGCAGUGGCUGUUCUCGUUGCUACAGUGGUCUUCGCAGCUGCCUACACUGUGCCUGGAGGUUCUAAUGAAAAGGGGUAUCCAAUUUUCCUCAACAGCACUCUCUUCCUAGUAUUCACAAUCAUGGAUGUUAUUGCUUUAGCCUGCUCCUUGACCUCUGUUGUAAUGUUCUUGUCCGUCCUCACAUCGCCUUAUACGUAUGAUGAAUUCCUCCUUGAACUCCCUAGAAAACUCACAAUAGGCUUCUCCUUGCUCUUCAUUUCGUUGGCUACAACAAUGAUUGCAUUCGCCGCAACAUUAUUGCUCAUAAUUCGUUCGGAAAAACCACAUUGGACCACCACUCUCAUUUAUACUGCUGCAUUUUUUCCAGUUAGCAUAUUUGCACUCAUGAAUUUUCCUAUGUAUGCUGCAUUUGAGAAAACUUUACUCAAGUUUUAUCGAAGACUGUAUAAGAAUCGGUGUGUUACAAAGAAGCCUCCACCGCCUCAGAAGCCAGCUUCCAGACAGGGUUCUAUUGCAUACCAAGCAGCUCCUAAAAAAACCGAAUCGCAUACGGAGCAGAAUAGGAAAGAUGGUCAAUUGUCUAAAAGGAAUGUUAAUGAUAAUGAGCCUAAGCUCCCAGUCUGAGGGAUUUAUAUCAGUUGCUUGAAGGAAGCCUAAACGGAGGAGGGUGACAUGUCUCUGAUGCAAUGGAUAUUACAAAUAAGUACAACUUUUUUGUUGCUAUUGUUUAUUGUAGCCAAGUCACCUGUCUGUGUCAAAUAAGAGUAUUUUACUGAUUUACUCUGUUUUGGUAUAAUAUAUAUAUAUAUAUUCCAAUUUCUAUUCUCCGACUGAAAAAUUAAUUCACAGUACCAAAUCAAACGAUCAUGUUUCUGAGUCAUUAUUAUUUCACAAAUCCAAGAGAAGAAGAUUGGCAUACAUAUACGGGAACCACAAAAUUAUAAUAAUAUAAGCAAGCAUAUUAGGCAGGUUCAUGGCAUCAAGAGAGAGCUUCCUUCCUUGAU